AUGAAUGCAGACCCGCCGCCUCCGCCCUGGGUCUGGAUGGUCCCCGGUUCGGCCGGGCUGCUCCGUCUGGGCUCCGGGGUCGCGCCCCAGCCCUUGCUACUCGCUACGGCCCAGCCCCCCACCGCCCCGCUGCUCCAGGGGCCGCCGGGCUGGCAGGCGCCCGGCGAGCCGCUGCUGCCGCUGCUGCCGCUGCCCUCUGCGCCAGACCACACCGCCGCCGCUGCGCACCACCUCCCCCUGCUCCACGGGCAGUGGCUCUUCGGUGGCCCCUCUCUGUCUGUGGGACUGUCCCCCUCCUCCACGGCGGAGCUGGUGCCCAUUUUCCCACACGCCUGCCCGUCUGCCCUCCCACCUCCUGUCGGGAAAAGCUGGCUACACAAACGGAUCCCUAACUGUAAGAUCUUCGUGGACAAUGCCCUUGCUCUGGACUCGGCGUGGAUCUACCCCGGGGACUCACACGUGUUCCACGGGUACGAGAAGCCCCCCGCGCCGGCCCGCCCCGUCGCCCUGUCCCUGUCCACACUGGCUCCUGCCCGCCGGCCGCUGCCCGCCGUGGUGCUAGCGCCGCAGCCCGUUCCAGGUGGUUGUCACAACAGCCUGAAGCCUGUCAGCACCAGCCCCGCCAUCGCCAUCGCCGCCGCGGCCAUGGUCUCCGUGGACCCUGAGGGACUUGGGGGCCCAUCCCCCUCCCAGGAGCACCCCUGCCGCUUCCUGACCUUGGCGCCCAUCAGAAUACCCCUGCGGACCGCCCCCUUCUCUGAGAGAGGCAGGGCCAGGGCCCGCACGCCCUGCCCUCCCGGCCUGCUGCUGCCCGCGGACAGGAAGAGCCCGGCCAGCGGCGCAGGACACCAGGACCCUCCAUCGAUCCUAGUGACAGGAGAGGACCGCGUGGCCAAAGGCAGCAGACCGGUGGCCUCCGCCCCGGUGCCCGGCUCCCCCUGGUGCGUGGUCUGGACGGGCGACGACCGGGUUUUCUUCUUCAACCCGACGAUGCAGCUGUCGGUGUGGGAGAAGCCCGUGGACCUGAGACACCGCGGGGACCUCAACAGGAUCAUCCGGGACCCGCCGCACAAGCGCAAGCGGGGCGCCGCUGCAGCCGACCGCAGUGAUGGAUCGAGUUCUGAGGACGGCAGUGAAGACCCGACCGUGAAAACCAAGAAGAACCGGACGGAAGGCCACGUGAGUCCCAGGCCAGAGGAGCCGCAGAGAAAGGACAAGGGCCCCAGGACACCGCCGCCCCAGACCCUCCCGCCGCUGGAGGAGCGGGUGACCCACUUCCGAGACAUGCUCCUGGAGAGAGGGGUGUCCGCCUUUUCCACCUGGGAGAAGGAGCUGCACAAGAUCGUGUUUGACCCCCGCUACCUGCUGCUGAACUCCGAGGAGCGGAGACAGAUAUUUGAGCAGUUUGUCAAGACAAGGAUAAAAGAAGAAUACAAGGAAAAGAAAAGUAAAUUGCUGCUAGCCAAAGAAGAGUUCAAAAAACUUCUGGAAGAAUCGAAAGUGUCGCCCAGGACCACGUUUAAGGAGUUUGCUGAGAAGCACGGCCGGGACCAGAGAUUCCGACUGGUUCAGAAAAGGAAGGACCAGGAGCACUUCUUCAACCAGUUCAUACUGAUGCUCAAGAGGCGAGACAAGGAAAACCGGCUCCGGCUGCGGAAGAUGAGAUGA